AUGGGCAUCCAGCGACAGAAGGCCUACCAUUCCUGGCAUUCUGCCGAACAGGAGCUACAGAAACGGAAAACCAACCAGGACAAACUAUUGAGGCAAGGCAGAUCACAGCAAGACCGUCUCAACCAGCUUAGCGCCGACGUUGCAGAUGCCGAACGCAAGGUCCACCAAGCAAGGCUGCUCUUCGACGAUAUGGGUCGUCUGAUGCGCAGUGAGCUAGAGCGCUUUGAGAGAGAAAAGGUCGAAGACUUCAAGUCAGGCGUGGAAACCUUCUUAGAGAGUGCUGUAGAAGCACAGAAGGAAGUAAGUUCACCUACCACACCUAAUAUUCCGGCUUACUGA